AUGAAGGUGGGUCUGGCUCAGUACAACCUGCUGUACGACAUCUACUCCUGGCCGAACAUAAUCCUGGCGUUCUGCGGAGGCGUCCUCAUUGAUCGCGUGUUCGGCAUCCGCAAGGGCGGUAUCAUCUUCUCUUUCAUCGUCAUGAUUAGCCAGGUCGUGUUGGCCAUUGGUGCGCUGACGAACCAGUUCUGGCUCAUGGUGGUGGGAAGAUUCAUUUUCGCGUUUGGAGGCGAAUCCCUGUCUGUCGUUCAGAACACGUACCUGGUCAAAUGGUUCAAUGGCAAAGAGCUCAAUUUCGUAUUCGGAUUCACGCUAAGUUUUGCAAGAGUCGGGAGCACGGUUACGAUGAACUUGAUGAAACCAAUUUACAAUUCAAUCGAUAGACACGUUCAAGGCCACACCUGCCUUGGGAUAACAAUGCUAAUAGCCACCGUAUUUACGCUGUUCUCCUGGGCAUGCGCGUUCAUAUUGGCGUACUUCGAUCGCCGAAGGGACGAAUACUCCAGACUGAUUUCCCGGUCGUCCGAAAUAAGCCUGCAGGCAGCCGGUGCCGAGCCAAACGGCAAGGUAGAAGAGACGGUAAAAAUUACACACAUACUGGUCCUGCCGCUUGGUCUCUGGAUCAUGUGCUUCGUCUGCGUCGCUUACUACACGACCGUGUUCCCGUUCGUUUCCAACGCCCAGUUGUUCUUCAUCAGCAAGUACAAGCUGAGCCCGCAGCACGCCGACGUGUGCAACAGUCUGAUCUACAUGAUUUCGAUAGUCAUGUCGCCAGUCUGCGGUGUCCUGGUGGAUCAGACGGGCCGCAACAUUAUGUGGAUGAUCAUCAGCGCCUUGGCGGCGCUGCUGGAGCAUUUCCUGUUGGCGUUCACGAUGGUCACGCCGUACUUCCUGAUGGUGAUCGCCGGAGUAUCGUAUUCGCUGUUGGCAUCUUGUUUCUGGCCGUGUGUGUCGUACAUUGUGCCCAACAAGGUAAUGGCUACGGCGUACGGCGUCGUGACGUCCGUGCAGAACCUUGGCAUGGCCCUGGUUUACUUGUACAUCGGCGACCUGAUCGAAAACGCCGGCUAUUUCGUGUUGGAGAUUCACUUCAUCGCAUGGCUAUCAGGUAAAGCUUCGUAG